CGAGCCGAGCGGGCGGCAGGCGGGUGUCGGUGUGAGGUCACCCAUAUUGAUCGCGCUGGUGCCGAGUGGAGCGCACCCACUGCACCCGUCGGCCACUUUGCCUCCAUUUUCGCCGAGCCAGCAGCCGCCGAGCAGUGUCCAUGGGGCGUAGGCGGCUCUCAUGAUCGCAGGGGCCCCAGCGGAGGCCCCUUUCUGACUCCCGCAGGCGGCCAGAGCAGAAACAGCAGCCACCAUGUUCAGUUUCGCGAGCAAAAUGUUGAACAACCUCAUCGGCACCGAGGAGGAGCAGCAGCAGCAGCAGCAACAACAGCAGCAGCAGCAGCAGGGAGGCAUGUUCGGUGGGCCCAUGGGCUCCCAGCAGCAGCCGAUGGGCCAGCGGAUGAUGGGCCCCGGCGGUGGCAUGGGGGGACCCCGUCCCCAGGGCAUGCCCAUGAUGGGAGGACCCCGCGGACCUCCGCGGCCCAUGGGCCAGCCGAUGGGACAGUCGAUGGGCCAACCCAUGGGACAGCCUAUGGGCCAGCGAACGAUGGGGCCGAUGGGCCCCAUGGGCCCCCGGGGUCCACAAAUGGGACCGCCUCGCAUGAACGGCCCUCCCGGCCCCGGCCAGCGCAUGAUGGGACCUCCUCGACCGCAAAUGGGCCGCGGAGGCAUGGGAAUGGGACCCCAGACUGGGCACCAGGGUCCUCAGCAGCAGCAGCAGCAGCAGCAAUUCGACCCAAUGAUGCAACAACAGCAAAUGCGCCCGCCGAUGAUGCAGCAACAGCCCAUGGCGGCCCCUCCGGCCCCUGCGGCUGGUGAGGAUGUGCCUGCGGUCGACCUGAGCCACUUAAGCGCCGAAGAGCGCGCCAUGAUUGAGAGCGUCAUGGCCAAAGCCAAGGAAAUGGACAAACCCGAACCUUCUCCUACACACAGUCCGCAACAGCAACAAAUACAACAACAUCAGCAACAACAACAACAACAACAACAGCAGCAGCAGCAACGCUUGCAGCAGCAGCAGCAACAACAACAGCAGCAGCAGCAGCAGCAGCAGCAGCAGAGAAUGCAGCAUCAGCAGCAAAAUCAAAAUAUGUUACCCCAACAGAACCAACAGCAGCAGCAGCAGCAGAUGCAACAGAAAAUGCAGCAGGAGCAACAACGUCUGCAGCAGGAAAAUCAGCGUCUGGACCAGCAACGUAUUCAACAACAGCAAGAACAACGAUUUCAGCAUCAACAGCAGAAGCAGCAACAAGAGCAGCAGCAAAUGCUGCAGCAGGAACAACAACAGCAGCAGCAACAUGAGCAGCAGCAGAGGCAUGCCGAACUGAUGAACCAGCAGCUAAAAAAGGACAUGGAUUACCACGACACACACCUGUCCAGGCCGGCCUUUCAGCAAGCGCAGCAGAGACAAGGCUGGGAAGAGUCGUCGUCAUCAUCGAGUAGCAGCGCCGCCGCCGCCGCGUCUCAGCAGCAAAAAAGUCAGCUGCCAGCUUUAAGCAGCGCGACGACGAGCAAUGCAACGACCACGGUGACCACGACGACGGCCCGAGGCUCCCUGGAGGACCGCCUUGAGCGUGAGUAUCUAUUGAGGUCGACUCCGGCCGCUUCUUCUUCUACUUCUACUCCCGAUCCUCCGCUCUCCUCCUUCACUUCUACGAUCAGCACCCUCACCGCCGCUGCAACUGCAGCAAGCACCAGCUUUUCAACUCCGUCGUUCCUGUUGUCGUCAACGACUGAUGCACUGCCAAGCAAUUCGACGACGACCAGCACAAUCAGCAAAAGCAGCACUAGCUCGAUGACCUCCGCCCCGCCGGUGUUCAAGCCGAUCUCGUGGAAGCCGUCGGUGUCUCCGCCGCCGACGCCACCCUCGCCGACCAAAACGCCCAAGUACACGUUUAGCAGUAGCAGCAGUAGUGUGAAGAACAGCAUUUUCGCAAACGAGUCGGACCUGACAAAGUUCGAGGACCCGGUCAAGUACAACUCUUGGCGCGCCAGCAGGCUCAUCGAGGAGACAAAGAAUCUGCUCAGCAGUCAGCAGGAGGAGCGAGAGGCGUUGACCAAGUCUCUGGCAUCUACAGCGACGACGACGCUUGCGACCGUGACCACGACGACGGCGACUUUCGCGUCUUACACGGACUCAGUGACUAGUGUGACUAGUGUUAAGGCUGAUUGCAGCAGCAGUAGUUCUGAACCGGCGGUCACGUUGGAGGUGGCGGCGCAGUCGCCACCGAGCAGCGCGGCGCCCACUACUCUGCCGCCAAUCCUGGACCACAGUCCAGGAGAAGUGUACACAAUUCCCGAGGAAGAAGAAGAGAUCACGAGCCCAAUUGGCAGCGACGGCGUGACCAGUCUUAGGCACCGAGGAGAUGCAACUAUGGGACUUACAAGAAGCAAUUACAUGGACAUCACUGGCCGGCCGGCCGCUUCCAGAGACGAGUCUUUUGUCGGUGAUACAGGGCUAUUAUCUGGAAGCCCUUACAGGUUGGGCCAAAGUGGUAGUCCAAAAUCGAUGAUGGAAUUUGGUCUUGGUUCCAGCCGGUUACGCGGCAUGCAGAAGGACAGUAGCAUAGAUAUUGGUAGCAGUAAAGGUCCAGAUGGCAUAACGAACCCUCUUUUGAGCGAUCCACUGAAAAACUUGAAAGGCAGCUUUUUGCACCGCAACCAGCAGCAAAUGCAGCAGGAGCAACAGGAAACAAUACAAAAUCAGUUGCAACUGCUGCAAGAUAAGCAACAGCACCAGCAACAAGAAGCAAUGAUGCUCAACCAGCAGCAGCAGGACAUUCUGGCGAUGAGCACUGCGCUGUCCAAUUCGCUCACCCAGCAGCAGCAGCAAAUUAACAGCCAGUUUGGAAGCCCCCUGCAAACUACACAGCCUAGUUUGCAGUCUGGAGUGAGUGGGCUCACCAACAGCUUGCAGCAGAUGAGUCUUAACCAACAGCAGCAGCAACAGCAAAAUAAUAUGCAAAGUAUGCAGCAAGGCUCAAUGCUCAAUAGCGGACUUCAGCAGGGGACGCAAAUGCAGAACCAACAGUUGCAAAAUAAUCAAAUCCAAAACUCUGGACUCCAAAGUGGACUUCAGUCUGGGCUUCAAAGCAAUUUACAAAGUGGACUUCAAAGCAAUCUUCAGAGUGGACUUCAAAGCAAUUUGCAGAGUGGACUUCAAAGCAAUUUGCAGAGCAGUCUUCAAAACAGUUUACAGAGUGGUCUUCAAAACACCCUGCAAAAUAGUCUUCAAUCAGGACUGCAACAGAGCAGCGGAUACCAGAGCCCCAGCCUGCAAAGUACUUUGCAGUCUGCAAUGCAAAAUAGCGGGCUUCAGUCCAACAUGCAAAAUAGCGGACUUCAGAGUGGAAUGCAGAACAGUGGGCACCAGAGCGCGAUGCAACAGAAUAUGCAGACCGGAAUGCAAAGCAAUAUGCAAAACAGUUUGCAAGGUGGGCUGCAGAGCAUGCAGAACAGCUUGCAGACUGGACUACAAGGAACGAACUUGUCUGACAUGCAAUACAACCAGCAGAAUAGCAUGCUGCAGCCAAAUAGCCUGUACAACCAGCAACAGAGUAACCAGUACGGUCAACAAAACAUGCUGGGACAGCAGCAACAGCAGCAGCAGCCUUUCCAGAGCUCAAACAAUAUGGACUUGGGCUUGCAAAACCAGUACCAGCAGCAGAACCAGCAAGACAUGUUGAUGGCACAGCAACUUGGUCAAAAUAAUUACCAGCAGCAAAUGGGCCAGGGCGGCUUCCAAAUGAACAACCAGCAACAGAUGAUGGGCCAAAACAUGCAGUUCCAGCAGAACAAGCGCGGCCUCAAGCUAAUGGACUUCAUGGAUGGCGACAGUGCACACAAACAGCACCAACAACAGCAGCAGCAGCACCAACAGCAACAGCAGCAAGGUCACGAUGGAAAGACUGGUACCAUUUCAGGCAUGCUGGCUGAUUUCAGUCGGGCAUUAGGUUUGGGCAGCACUUCGCCUCGCCCAUCUCCUUCGGAGGACAAGUCGAUGAUGCUGGGUCAGCAUGGCAUGCUUCCGCACUCGCUGUCCCAGCAUCAGCAGCACCAGCAACUGCCGAUGAGCAGCGCCAGUUACUCAGUGGUGUCCCAGCCGCAGGUCAGCUACGGCCAGCCGCAUAUGCACUCGACGUCUGCCUCGGCCGCCAGCCAGCUGCUCUCAUCGCAGCCCACAUCCUCGGCUUAUCAGAACCAAUUAGCAUCCUCCACCAUCGCUGGACUACCGGUCACCGUGCUCCAGGGCACUCCGCAGACCACCCUGGUGCUCACCUCCUGCCAGCACCUCACGCCGCAGCAGCAGCAGAUGUACCAGCAACAGAUGCAGCUGCAGCACCAAGCGCAGCAUCUCAAGAAGAUCAGGAGAAGCUUGCCACACUCGGAAACUUCACAGCUGCAGCAAAUGAGAGCCAAAGUGAUGGGACGCAAAGACGCCAACUCGUUGGGUCAGCCAAUAAUGAGCUCCAGUCUGGCUGGUGUCACUUCCUCCAUUUUGCACUCAGACCCAUUGGCUUUCAUGUUGACGGGAUCUCGAGGUACUCGCGACGCCGGCGACUCAUCGGACACUCUUAGCGAGACAGACUCGCAGAAGUCGCUAAGACUUCGACGGAAGUUACCGCCAACACCUCUGGACCCACUGGAAAGCGCCAGGCUCAAUUCAACCAAAAAACGGGAGCGCAGCAAGUCUCAGCCCUUGCAAGACAGGUUCAGAUCGUACUCACCUUUGCGACACUCCAUGGAACGAACGACGACCAACUUUUCGACUGGGCUGUCUGGCAUGGGCCGGCCAAGUGCCAGUGAGACCAAUUUAAGAAGUCUCACAAUGGGCCAUGACCUGGACAAUCGUCCUGGGUCAGCCCUUGGUCUCCUUGGAGUCUCGAGUGUGGUGUCGAGCACAGGUCUGCGGAGUGCCACUGGGCUCGGCUCGGCCGACCUGACAACAACCACGUCGGCUAUGCCGUCGCUUUACGCGUCGUCGCGCACCUCGUCCAGUCUGGCGGAUAUUGCGUCUGUCUUGCCACCCAAUUUGCGCCAUUUGCUUGGCCCCUCGGCGGGUGGUUCAUCGUACGCCUCGGAUGCCGCCAAGUACAGCAGCAAUAAGUUGCCCACGUACUUGCAGAGUCUGAAGGAGCAGCUACGCGAGGAGAUCAAGUCGGCGACAGCCGACCGGCGACGCUACCUCUCGGAAAAAGAGGCCCGCCUCCGUUGGGAGCGGGAGAAGUUCGUCGCCUCCAUGGACCCGCUGAAAAGAUUUGAAAUGGAGAAAAAACUAAGUUCUCCAAUGUUAUCAAGCAGUGUACGAAAUAAAAUAAUGCGCGGCGGUCUCAUCGGACAGCGCAGACAACUCUCCGACCCAAAAAUUUAUCCCAUGUACUCGUCCAUCUCCAAAGACGGCGAUCUUGAAAGCAAAUACGAGAGGGACUACCUGGGCGGACUGUCGUCGCUGCGUCCGGCGUACCGAUCGUACGAGCUCGAGUCGCUGGACGACCCGCUGCGGCGGGCCGAGUGGGGCGACCCCUCGCAGUCGUACCUGGCUACGUCGUACGCGGCCGCCGGCGGUGCCCUCCGCGAGACAGCCAUCAACAGCGUACUCGACGAGGACGACCUGUGGAACCAAUACCUCACCAACAGCAGGUGGUCCAGCCAGGCGGUGCGCCGCUCUAGCGCCGACGGCGAGUCCGGCACGUGGCGCAACACCAUCGAUGACUCGUGGCGGGGGCGCGGCAUGUCGGCGCCGCCGUCGCGCUCGCGCAAGUCGCGCUCGUGGCACCCGUCGCCCUACGGUAGCGACGAGGAAGAUGACCGUGAGCAUAAGAAGCACAAGAUCAAGGUGCCCUUCCGCGUGGAGAUCGCACGAAGGCGGCAGCAGAUCGAGGAGAACGCGCGUCUGCACGAGGAGCUGUUGCGGUUGGCGCGGCUACGCGAGUCAGCUGAGUUGGGCUUCACGCCGAGCACCGAGUGGGGCGGCGGCGCGUACGACGGCACCAGCGUGCUGCGCUCGGUGGACCAGGUGCUGCGGGACGAGGCCCUUGGGCUUUACGGGGCGCGGCCGCAGCCCGGCACCGAGGAGGACCGCAGCAUCGAGCGCAUCGCCAGCACGUUCCGCACCGACGACUACACGACCAACAUCUACGAACGCUUGUCUGACUUUUCGCCGCUGUCCGAGAGCGUGACCGAGUUCAGUACGCCGACCGCCAUGCCGCUGCUGCCCGACAUGCCGACGCGCUCGCGAAAACUGCUCGAGGACCUGGGCAGCUCGCCCAUAACCGAGUCGGUGCUGUCGAUGCCCCAAAAAGGCAAGCCGCGGUACGCGGAAACGAAGCAACACCACCGCGGAUCCGACGAGCAGCGCCGCUCCUACCCUGACAACUACGGCACCCUGGGCGGCAGCUCGCGCAAGCCCCUCAAGAGCAGUCAGAGCCACGACGGGGGCGGCGGCGGCGGUGGAGGCGGCGGCACCUACCGGCCGAGCGGUGGCAGCCCCUCCGUGCAACAGCAGAGGACGUCGAGCGGCGAAGGCGCAAAACAGCCAAAGAAAUCGCAAGCAUCCGAUCUACAGCACCCACAGAAGAAAUACAACUUUCCUGUGAAACACCUUUUCCUAACACGUGAUCCCGAGGACAGAACUGUUGGUGGCAAUGGGCUUGGCAUGAAAGUUACUGGUGGCAAAGAAAUUCCCAACUCGGGUGGUCAACUAGGGGCGUUUGUUACUAAAAUUUACCCGAGGGGUGUUGUGGAAACUUUCGGCGACAUUGAUGAAAAUGACCAAAUUUUGGAGUGGAAUGGGAUCAGCCUUACAGACAAGACUUUUGAAGAGGUUCAGUCCAUCCUGUCGCAAUCUGUUGGAGACAUCGAGCUUGUAAUUAGAAGUCACAAUGAUCUAGUGCCAAAGCACGUUGCGGCCUCUGGUCCUGUCCAUCGGUAUCCAGACGUGGUGCUGAGCAACCAUGAGCCCUGCAGCAAUUCCUCGUCCUAUGACAACUUAUCCAGUACAAGCAUGUAAUUUUCCCCUGUCUGUCGGAGCUUUUUUAAAUUUUGCACAAAAUUUUUCCCACAAACCCGCCACAGUGUGUUUUGAAUGAAAUGGUGCAAAAAAUAUCGUCUUUUAUUCUUUCCAAGGAAUUCCUACGUCCUUUACCAUCGUGUUGACAAUAAAACACACUCCACUCUCAUUCCGUAUGUAAGGAAUGAAAAUAAUAAUCUAAAUUACAGUGUUUCCUAUUUCUCAUCUCGCAUCCUUUCAAAAGGUUUUCUGUGAAAACAAAAAGUUAGUAAUAGCUGUUAUUUCCUCUUUGCUGCUCGAUCUCGACGAUGAUAUAUGAUGAAAAAUCCAAUAAUAUAAUAUUGUAACGUCCAUACACCUGUCUCACGUUGUUGCAAUCAGCAGUUUGUUACCAUGUAUUAUCAAUUAACUAUAUUAUGCUGAUGGUUAAAAAAUAUAUAUAUUGAAAAUUUUGUUCAAGAUGUACACUGUGAGGAAAUAAAAUGCUUAAGAGUCAAAUAUAUGCAAUAAUAAAA